AUGGAUCAAGAUGCCUUGGUUUCGGCAACCAAUCUGAAGAUGCGUUUGGACAAGCCUUCGGGAAAAGCGAGUUUCGGCGGAAUUAACUUGGUGUUUUGUGUGGUGUGUUUGGUGUGUGCGUUCACGAGUGUUUACAACGGGUGGCGGGAAAAUAGUCUCCGCGACAGGGUGGACUUUCUGGAAAGAAAAGUCCGAGACCUCCAAACAAUCACUGUCGGAAAUGUGGACGUGUUAAUGGAGCGCAUCCGCACGGAAUCUCUAACCCACUUGAAGAAGAGAAUUGUCAGGGAUUUGUACUCCAGGUCCGAUUCUUAUGAUGAGGAUGAUUCCAUUAGGGCUACGAGGGAAGCGCCCGAAUGUAUUUGUCCACCAGCACUUUUGGGCAGGUAA